ACCGAGGCUUGAACUGUUAACAACACUGUUCAGCGAUGGAAGGAAGCUAUGCUGGUUGCCUGGUUUGCGAGGCCAGCUGAUUUUAAUGUUUGUGUCCUUGUUUCACCAGACUCAAAAGAAAGAGAGAGCAGAUCGAUUCAGGGUUUAGCCACCAGAGCGCGAUUUCAAGAAGGGGAGUGCUGCACACUACUGGAGGAAAAUGGUAUCACUUUCUUUUUAGGCUGUCAGUGUAAACGCUCAGGAUUGUUUUGGCCAGACCAAUAUAAAUCUCAGCCAUGGUGCGAAUGAACGUUUUGAGUGAUGCUCUCAAAUCUAUCAAUAAUGCAGAGAAAAGGGGCAAGAGGCAAGUGCUUAUUCGCCCCUGCUCUAAAGUAAUCGUGAAAUUUCUCACUGUGAUGAUGAAGCAUGGAUACAUCGGGGAAUUCGAAAUCGUCGAUGACCAUAGAAGCGGCAAAAUUGUCGUCAAUUUAACGGGAAGGCUUAACAAAUGUGGGGUUAUUUCGCCUAGAUUCGAUGUGCCUAUCACUCACAUUGAAAAGUGGACAAAUAAUCUGCUUCCAUCCAGGCAAUUUGGGUACGUUGUGUUGACGACCAGUGGUGGAAUUAUGGACCACGAGGAGGCCAGGCGAAAACAUCUGGGAGGAAAAAUCUUAGGAUUCUUCUUUUAAUGUAAAGUUUAAAUAAAACGUUAAAAAUAA